ACAAACCCAUCAUCAUCAUCAUUUUCGCGUACGACACGGAAGGGAACGAAAAUAUAAUUGUUCACCUAGCUGAACCCUUCCGAAAAAAAGAAAACUGCACCUUGCUGCAGUGUUUAAGGUGAAAAGAGUGUUUGGUGAUCAUCUUCCGCCAGGUCGAAGCAGCCGACACAAUCGAAAUCGAAAACGAAACGACCGCCCUGCCAACAAGAACAGGAACAUCAGUGAGCAAUUGCGUGCAAAAGUGUGUUCCUGCUGUGUGCGUGUGUGUGCGUUCGUGAAAAAGCAGUGAAAAAAGAGAAAAGCCCCCCUGGGAGAGUGUUUCGCGGUUCGGGUGUGAAGAAGGUGGAAGCAUAAUUGCGCUUUUGGGGGAAAAAGAUGGUCCCGCCAGCAUCGUCCAGUGUGUGCUGCCGCCCUGCUACUACCACCACCACCCCCGCUGGUCAACACUGUGGGGCAGAUGUGCAGUGAAGAGAGGUGAAGAAAGGAAACGGUGCCCUUUUUGGUUUGCUGCAGCAGCAGCAGCAGAAGGGUAGGGGCCGAGAAGACGUGCGUGCGGAGGAAGCGAAGAGUGUGUGUGUGGGAGAAGAAGCAGAAGAAUCCGAACGGCGAUAUCCACACACACACAUCCGUGUUGUGCGUGUGUUUUUUUUCGCGUAAAAUAAAAGGUGUAGUCAAAGCGCGGAAAGGGUUUACGGGCGGUCCCCCGAGAUAGAGUGAGUGCGUGCGUGUGUGUGUGUGUCCGUGUGUGUGCGCGCGCGACAGAAAGAAAGAGAGGGCUGCCCGCUUCCGCUCGCCACCGUGGUGUGAAUAAAAGUUACAAAGAUAGAUACCGUGUGGGGUUGGGCCUCUGCCCCGCUGCGCCUUGCGGGUAACAGAAUGGGUGACGUGCUCAUAUCGGACCGGCCACCGUCACCGGCGAGCAGACUAUCGCACACAUCGGAGAAGCAUCCCCGGGUGACGCUGCAGGAGCUGAACGUGCUGCGCCGCCACCGGGAGCUGUGCGAUGUCGUGAUCAACGUGAAGGGGCGCAAAAUCUUCGCCCACCGCGUGAUCCUGUCCGCCUGCAGCCCGUACUUCCGGGCGAUGUUUACGGGUGAGCUGGAGGAGUCGCGCCAGACCGAGGUGACGAUCUGCGACAUCGACGAGAACGCGAUGGAGCUGCUGAUCGACUUCUGCUACACCUCGCACAUCGUGGUGGAGGAGUCGAACGUGCAGCCGCUGCUGCCGGCCGCCUGCCUGCUGCAGCUGGCCGAAAUACAGGACAUCUGCUGCGAGUUUCUGAAGCGCCAGCUCGACCCGGAGAACUGUCUCGGCAUACGGGCGUUCGCCGAUACGCACUCCUGCCGGGAGCUGCUCCGGAUCGCGGACAAGUUCACGCAGCACAACUUCCAGGAGGUGAUGGAGAGCGAGGAGUUUCUGCUGCUGCCGGUCGGCCAGCUGGUGGACAUCAUAUGCAGCGACGAGCUGAACGUGCGAUCGGAGGAGCAGGUGUUUAAUGCGGUGAUGGCCUGGCUGAAGUAUAACGUGGCCGACCGGCGCCAGCACCUGGCGCAGGUCCUGCAGCACGUCCGGAUGCCGCUGCUCAGCCCCAAGUUUCUGGUCGGCACGGUCGGGUCGGAUCUGCUUGUGCGGUCGGACGAAGCGUGCCGCGAUCUGGUGGACGAGGCGAAGAACUAUCUGCUGCUGCCGCAGGAGCGCCCGCUGAUGCAGGGGCCGCGCACCCGGCCACGGAAGCCGACGCGCCGCGGCGAGGUCCUGUUCGCGGUCGGUGGCUGGUGUUCGGGCGAUGCGAUCGCGUCCGUGGAGCGGUUCGAUCCGGAAACGGCCGACUGGAAGAUGGUGGCGCCGAUGAGCAAGCGGCGCUGCGGCGUCGGGGUCGCCGUGCUGAACGAUCUGCUGUACGCGGUCGGGGGCCACGAUGGGCAGAGCUACCUGAACAGCAUCGAGCGGUACGAUCCGCAAACGAACCAGUGGUCCUGCGAUGUCGCCCCGACGACGAGCUGCCGCACCAGCGUGGGGGUCGCGGUGCUGGACGGCUUCCUGUAUGCGGUCGGCGGCCAGGACGGGGUGCAGUGCCUGAACCACGUCGAGCGGUACGACCCGAAGGAGAACAAAUGGUCCAAGGUGGCGCCGAUGACGACGCGCCGGCUCGGGGUUGCGGUGGCCGUGCUCGGCGGCUAUCUGUACGCGAUCGGCGGUUCCGAUGGGCAGUGCCCGCUCAACACGGUCGAACGGUACGAUCCGCGGCAGAACAAGUGGUGCGCCGUCAGCCCGAUGUCGACGCGAAGGAAACAUCUCGGCUGCGCGGUGUUCAACAACUUCAUCUACGCCGUCGGCGGGCGGGACGACUGUAUGGAGCUGUCGUCGGCGGAGCGGUACAACCCGCACACCAACUCGUGGAGCCCGAUCGUCGCGAUGACGUCCAGGCGCAGUGGGGUUGGACUAGCGGUGGUGAACGGUCAGCUGUACGCCGUCGGCGGCUUUGACGGUACCGCCUACCUGAAGACGAUCGAGGUGUACGAUCCGGAAACGAACCAGUGGCGCCUGUGCGGCUGCAUGAACUAUCGCCGGCUCGGUGGCGGCGUCGGUGUGAUGCGCGCACCCCAAACCGAGAACUACAUGUGGAUUCGCAAAGAUUCCGUUGUUUAACAUUCACACAAAACACAUGCGGCCAGCUUCUGCGCUGCUACGCCGUCGGGCGGCGCGAGGCAGGAGCGCACGGUGCGGCAGUUCGGCGAUGUGCCGUGGAACAGAAGUGGUCCGUACAAAUGAGCAAACUGUAUGUGUGUAUGUGUGUGUGUGUGUGUGUUUGUAGGAAAAAGCGGACACGCGUAUUAUAAGUUUUUGCUGUGUUUUUUAGUUAGUAAAGAGAAAGACGUGUGGGCAGAGAUGAGCAAAAACAAAACAAAAAGGAGACAACAACAAGGCAGGCAAAAGUUAGACGGUUUAAAUCAAAAAGUGGUUAAAUUAAAAGGUAGUUGUCGCUCCUCCACACUACACUGCCAGUCGGUGCGUAGGGGAAGUUUAAUUGCAGGCAAAAUAAUGCUUAGGAAGGAAGGGGCAAGUUUAGAGUAAAUCCAUACCACAUAACGUACACUAGAUAGAAGGAAACCCUGAUCAAGUGUUGGAAGGCAGGCAGAGUUCAAGUUCAUCCGAUUUUGAUUUCGGUUCAAAGCGCGACUCACGCUACUCACACACACGUUAACAGCGAUUAAUUUCAUACACGCAAACAAUCUAAGUUAUUAGGAGAGAUCAUUUAUCGAUAGUUUCAAAUUAAGAGAGAACGAGAGAGAGAGAGAGAGAGAGAGAGAGAGGGAAAGAGCUAGCAGAUUAUUUGUUUGCUUCCGUUUUCGGAAGUGUUUACAUGCGUGAGGCGAGAGAAGAAGAGACAGUUACAAGCAACAACAACAACAACAACAACAACAGAAAAAUGCGAUUAUUUAAGUGCUUUUUGCAUAAUUGUUGUCUAACAACGUUCAAUAUGGUCUGUUUUUUUGCUUUCUUUCUUUUUGUACUAUUUAUGUACACACUGCAAGAAAAAAGUGUGGUGUGUGGAUUUAUUUUUUAAAAUACCAAUUAGCACUUGGCUCUUCACAGUGCUUAUGUGUUUUGUACAUUUAGUCUUUUUUACAAGUUAUUUUUGUUGUUGUAUCCUUUUAUUUUUCUCCAUUUUUGAUGCAAUUUUUUUUAGCCACAAUCAUUUGCUUUUGCCUUUGCUUUGCUGAUGGUUUCAUAUUGUUCUUUUUUUUCAUAAAAAAAGGGCCAGCUCUAGCUGACUUCACUAUUGUCCGAUCUAAUCAAAUACCAUACAUUUAGCAUGUAGUAGGCACGAUUACAACCUUCCACUUUGUACAUAUAGAACCAUCCCACCCCCUUAAAACGUUGCAUAUAGAUCUCAAUCUUCACGAUGAAAGGAAUUGUCACAACUAGACAAAACAAAACAGGGCAAAAACGAAGGCCAAGACAGGAUAACAAAGAUAAAGAUGCGUCCGCAGGCGUUUAGGGUUAAAACAGUGAUUUCAUGUGCACCGCUCUCACACACACACCUAACAUAAAAAAGAAUAUCACCGCAUGUGCUUAAUGUGUUGUUACUUCAGUUUUGUUUGCGCUCUGCUUCUCGUUCUCCGUUUCUUCUGUGCGAUGUGUUGUUUGGCUUACGAAAAUGCUCAUUCUAAGCCCGAAAACGGGCACAGCAACGGUGCGUGGUUAUAGUUUGUUAGUUUUACAUUCAAUUUCCUCUCCACAUGAUGGUGCACACUGGCAGUGGACUAAUGAAAAAACAAGCAGAACGACAAAUACUAAACUCAAGCGAACGUGUCGUGUGUAACGGAGAAGAAACACAAUGCUCUUAUUUCAUGAUGGGAGAGAAAGAUUUAAAAAAAUAGGAGAGGAAAAACGUUUCCUAACGUAUGGCAGUAGAAAGUAUUAGAAAUUACUAUAAAACACAAGCAAUGCUCCGUUUCUGUUUCUGCUUCACAGUCUUACUCGGCGUUCGGAACAGAUAAUUUGCAACGGUUUCUAACCACUUUAACCGAAAGGGUGAACAAUCGGAAGAAAAAAUGUCGAACUAAUAGUGGAAAAAUAGUCUUAGGAAAAUAGUGGUAAUUAAAAAGAGGCAGAGAAGGGCGAGAGCGAGAGAUCAUCGAAUCUGCUGUCCCACGGGGAAUCAAACGAAUGAGAGAACGUUGACGGCAGAGAGCCGGCACUGUACGAUAAUGCUUCCACGGCUCCAGUCCCCAGUCCAGUCUCCCCGCUCCCACGGCGAAGAAGGUCAGUGUGGUAUAAGAAUUAGUUGAUAAGCAGUCGCACCGAUAAGAUAUGUUUGGUGGGCGAUCAAAUUCUCAGAAUUGCGGACAGCAGCAAUUAGCCAGCCGCGUGUACCCCUUUUCCCACACUGUUACAAAAUUGAUGCCGACACCGGCGUACACUUGAUAGACGCUUUUUGUUGUGUAUCUUCCUGACAAUCGAUGGUAUCACAGCAUGGUGAAGAAGGGCAUUGUCGAUUGUGUAAGUAGAUUAAACUCAUAAUCCGUGAUGGUGACAACUGCUUCUAACAACUGUCGUGGCUUAAAAUUGUGUAUAAAAGCAAACGUUUCGUCGGUAGAUAACAAAAACACCCUUUCACCCACUGCUUUUCUUUAACCGAAACAUGCGAACGGUUUUCGUGUUUAGUAUUUAAGAAAAUCGCCUUUCUCUCUCUCUCUCUCUCUCUCUCUCGCUUCUUUUCGCUGGCUCUUUCUCAUCAUGUAGUGAUUUAGUUUCAUGCUAAUUUAUUAGACUCGGAGGGACGACACGCACGGGAAAAGGAAGAGAUUUAAUUGUUAAACGGUAAAUGAAGCUGUACGAAUGUGAUUUUGCGAAGGUCGGUGAACAAAAACUAUUAAAGUAUAUGAAGAAAACUAUGUAUAA